UAUAAUAAAACAUGAAUGAUCAAAUUAAAAUGUUGACAUUAUUAAUUUAGCUGAAGAUGAUACUAACAAAUAUACGCGUAUGAUAAAAAAAAAAUUAAAAAAACAAUGUCGGCCAAGGGGUCGGGCAGCAGCUAGUUGUUUUUAACGGAAAUGGCUAAAUUUGUCAUACUAGUUUCAAAAGUUUGACUAUAUCUGUGUAUUUUUUCAAAAAUUGGCUAUUGUUGUUACAAAGUGCAUAUUUAUGAUUAUACAAGUGUAUUUUUUUUCUUUCGUUCAUUUUGCUUUCUAUGCCAAAUAAGGCGAGUAAAUUGUGCAACGAUCCAGUUCAAUAUGGAACUAGAUUGAACAUGAAUAGAGCUAGUUCAACCGUAAAGGAAAUUUGAGAAUCAGAAUCAAACUAUAAGUGAUUUAUAUUACAUUUACUCCAAUUUAAAAAUUGAUUCAGUAUUUUCUAUAAUUAUUUAUAAAAAUUCAUGAAACCAAGAGUUGACCACUCGGUUUGAUUUGAUUCAUGGCGGACCAAACCUUUAUAAAUGAUUGUUUGUUUUUUUGGUAAGGAUCUGAGAUUGUUUUUGCAUUUACACAUUCCAAUUUCCAAACCUAAAACUGGAUCUUAAAUAAAUGAAGAUUACAAUAUGACAUUGGCCCAUUUAGGCCCACAUCCAUCCAAUUGUCUAUCGGACUUUCCGUCGCCUAUUCCCGCCGGGAAGAAUUCCCGAUUGGCUAACGUCGAGUCGCGGGUUGUCUUUUCUCGAUUCAGUUCAAUUCCGUGACUCCGACUCGUCGCCGAACAUGUAAAACAAAAUAAAACGAAAAAUAAAUUAUUCGGGAAGAAAAAGAAUCAAAACUAAAAAAACGAAAAAAACGAACGCCGUAACGAGAAGGAAAGGCAAGCAGAGAUCUGUUUGUUCUCCGAGAAACGAAGAGAGAGAAUACAGAGCGCGAGAGAGGAGAUUAGGCAAGUUAAGGGAAGGAAAGAUGAUGUCCGGAAACUACCAUCACAUUGACAAUCAGAAGGUCUCAGGAUCUGUAGCUGCGGUUACCGAUCCAGGGCACAUUCCAGUUCAGUUCGCAGAGUCGAAUCUGCAAACUUUUCCGCCCUCUGGCGCUCAGGGCAAGAUCAGUGGUGCAUCCAGGCCUCCCCGCGAUGCUGAUGAUUCAUUUUCAAAACCGGUCAAUGGUACCGAGGAACCACAACAGCCAGGUGGCUGGCUUCGGGCAUUCUCAGUUGCUUCAUACAAGCCAUACUUUGACGUUGACACUGUAGAUGUUCUAGAGAGAAUCAAAGAUUCACUAUUCCCAUUCAAUGGUUCCUUCAACGAGAAAACAACUAACAACCCAGAUUUGUAUGGACCAUUCUGGAUAUGCACUACCCUAAUUUUCGUAGCAGCUUCAAUUGGAACUUUUGUGACUUAUGUAGCACACAAGGUUGAGAAGAAAGAAUGGAACUAUGAUAUAAAUGUCGUGACUUGGUCUGCUGGUUUGUUCUAUGGAUAUGUAACUCUUGUUCCUCUCGCUUUGUACGUGAUCCUCAAGUACUUCUCAGCGCCAUCAGGCCUGGUCCAGCUCUUCUGUCUCUAUGGCUACUCUUUAUUCAUCUUCAUCCCAACACUGUGUCUCUCGAUUGUGCCCUUGGAGAUCUUCCGGUGGAUAGUUGCAGGUGUCGCAGGUUUCAUGUCAGCAUCAUUCGUCGCACUGAACCUCCGAGCCCACAUCAUGUCGGCAGGGGAGAGGUGGUUCUUGAUCGUUGCAGGGAUCUUUCUGCUGCAGCUAGCGCUGUCCGUCGUGUUGAAGAUGUAUCUAUUCACCGUGACGUUUUAACAUCAGAGCUUAACUCAUCAUCAUCAUCACCGUCCCUCAGUUCUUUAUUUGAGGCACAUGGAGAACUAUAAGCUGUAGAUUAUAGGAAAAAAGAAAAGAGUUUCCGUUUUUGGGUAACAAUAUGUUAGCUUUGAUAUGAUUCAUAUACAAGUACAUGAUUACAUUGUUCGAAAUAUCGUAGUACCCUCUAUGAAUUUCCACUAUUUUGCUUUGGGUGGGUGUAUUAUUCAUACUUGAUUGAAAAAUUUAACUUCCUAUUCCUCAGUUUUCUACUGUUCUUGAGUGAGACAAAUCUCAAAGGGAUAAAAUGACGAGAUGAUGAAGAAGAGCAGAGGGAGAAGGAAACCAAGAACAGUCAUAACCAAGUGCAAAAGAAGAAACCAAAUGUACAGGAAACUAGACGAAACAUCUUCACCUAGCUAAACCCCUUACCCAUAACAACAAUGCACAAGAUAAAGAUACCUUUCUAGCAGAAAUGCAAAAUAGUGCAGGAAAAAAGAAAACCUAGUUACUUCCACUUAACUUCCAAGUGUAAAACCUCCUCCAAUCACUGGGAGCCUAAAAGGCCACAGAAAAGUAGACAGAAAGUAUUGGGUUUUGAUACCUCUGAACAUUCAGCAAUUGGUUAAUUGUGUAUGUUUGACACAUGUGUAUCGAUUGUGUUAAAUGAUUUGCGAUUUGUUGAGAGAAUCGCAAUUUAGUUCAGUAUAUUUAAAUCGAGACAAUCAAAUGUUAAGGAUAGCAAUUAUUAUGGACAAUCUACCUAAAUAAUUUGUACUCAUUAACCAUAGAAAUGUGUUAGCUAUCAUACCCCUAAUGCGCAGUUCUUUUUACAACAGAACAGCUGUGUUCAUUUCACAAAAGUGACUUGCACCAAAAAUUACAGUAGGUAUGACAGAGGUCAAGCACAGUUAGUGAUGGCAAUUUCAACCUGUCCGCGGGUAUUACCCGACCCGAUCCGUGAUGGGGCGGGUAUUACCCGAUCCGCAGUAAUGUGGGGCGGGGCAUGGGUAUCUACUUCCGACCCGCCCUGCCCCACCCCGCUUUGUUUUAGACUCAUUUUAUCUCAAUUUUUUACAAUAUCUAUACAUAUUUCUCCUAUUUUGACUUUUCUUCAACUAGUUAGAUUCGAUCUUUCAACUUGUUAGGCUCAAUUAUCCAUUCUAUUAUCAAUAUUUUUCAUUCUUAAACUGUUUUCCCCUACGUUUUAUUGUAAAAAGUAAAAUUUACUGUUAUUUUUUUUUUUUUGAACAACAUGUAAGAGUGGGUCGACCCGCCCCGCCCCGUACCCACGCGGGUUUUACCCGCCCCGAUCCGUAGUAGCGUGGGCCAGGACAUGGGAAUUGAGGUACCCGCCCUGCCCCUACAUGCAAUCCUUGAUUCAGACUGCAAUUUCUUGUGCCGACAAUAAGCCAUCGCCUCAAAGUUCAAGAUCUCCCCCAAUUACUUGAUUCUCUUCUAGAUGGAGAGACUUGGGCAUGUUUUCAGCUUUCUCCAUCAACCAGCCAUCGAUUCCUUCUCCUUCAUCAAAUCAAUUGUCAUCACCAUUGACAGUUUUUGUUCUCCUCUUAUUCUAUGAAUCAAGUUCACGAAUUUCUCACGAAAAUUCGCGCUCCGACAAACAAAAAUUCGCGAAUUUU